AUGGGUCUUGCGGAUGUGAUUCUUGGAGUUAAAAUCACACGAACCCAAAGUGGACUUGUUUUAAGUCAACCCUACUAUGUGGACAAAAUUCUUGAGAAGUUCAAUGGAAAUGACUCUAAUGUAGCUAGAACUCCUCUUGACACAACUCUAGCCAAGAAUAGAAGUGAACCUGUUAACCAGUUGGAAUACUCAAGAAUUAUUGGUAGCUUGAUGUAUCUUAUGAGUUGUACUAGACCAGACUUAGCAUAUGCUGUGAGCAAGCUAAGUAGAUAUACGAGCAAUCCAAGUUCAAUUCCUUGGAACUGUAUCAUUCGGUUGCUUCGUUACUUAAGAUACACUCGGGAAUACGGGUUGCAUUAUAACAGAUAUCCAGCAGUUAUAGAAGGACAUUGUGAUGCAAAUUGGAUAUCGGACACGAAUGAUUCCAGAGCAACAAGUGGGUUUGUAUUCACACUUGGAGGUGCAGCUAUAUCGUGGAAAUCGUCGAAACAAACGGCAAGUGUUCAAGUCCGGCAGUACGCUGUUGCUGCUUCAGACUGGCUUACCCCGGGAACAGACCGCGAAUCUGUUACUAACACUGGUUUGGGUCCUCAUUGUGCACCUCUCCUUAUAGAGUUCAUGAUCGUUAAAUGA